AUGUCUGAUAUGAUGAGUAUGACCCUUCAUGGUGGAAAUCGGGAAUUUAUUCUAUUCAAGUUUUGGAAAACAGGCUCAACAUUAGGUAUGGGUGCAUCUUUAAUAAUCGUCAUUUUGAUGUGCAUACUUUUCGAAGCUCUAAAAGCACUUCGUGUUUUUCUGGCUAAAAUUCAUUUCAUCAAGAGACACGAAAUAGCUCGUACAGUUUCUGCAAAUAUUGCAGAAGUCAGGGCAGAUCGAAUGGAUUCUACCAGUAACGAUGCCUUAAAUUUUCCGCCUCUUUUAAGAUUUGCAGGGCAUGGAAGAGUCUUUACACCUUACAGAAUUCUACAAGCAUUUUUAUAUGCAGUUCAAGUUACACUUGCUUAUGUUCUAAUGCUUGUCGUGAUGACGUUCAAUUUGUGGCUUUUAAUAGCUGUAGUUGUCGGAGAAGCUAUCGGCUAUUUUUUGUUUACUGGAGAACCCAUAGUUUCUGACUGUUCUAGUUCUUGCUAG